AUGAUGAAAUCUAGCACAGGCUUGUUCCGUGCCUCCUGGGAUGUGAAUUAUGCCUUUGUCCAGCGUAUAAGCACCCUGUCCGUUAGUCACUUCAUAGCCAUCGUGGCUAUUGUCUCACCCAGCCAUCAUCAUGAAAGAAGUACCUUGCCCUGCUCCAGAUUUAUUACCCACAUGAAGAAUUUCUCUGAAUCUCUUAAAUUUGGUAAUCUACAUUUGCUACAUUUUCCAGUAUUUCCAGAAAUUACUCAGAGUCCAGUGGCAUUUAAAAGACUACCCUGUACUCACGAGAACAAAAUACCCACGUCUCCUGUAAGCUCAGUUUCUUCGGAAGAAGAAAGCUACAGGACAGCCGGUUCCUCCCUAGUACCAUCCAGUGAAAGGGAUGAGGACCCAUUGUUCUGCACUCUCAGAGAAGACAUUAAUAAGAGAGCCAGAGGAGCACCCCAGCAGAUCUGGAGCAGUCCAUUUUUGGAAGAGCAAAUGGCAAAAAUACCUAUUCAACCACACUCGGUAAAUCCUGUUCACCUGGAGGCUGUGGGUAUACACAUCAAUAGACACAUGAGAUUUCAGAACCAGCCCUUGAGCAAUUCCAAGGGUUAUUCUGAUCCCUCUGCGAGACCUUUCACUGUCGUCGGCCUGUGCAGCAGCAGCCACCCCGCCGUGGCCCCGCGGAGCGUCUGGCGGAGCUUCCCAGAAGCCGAGCAGGAGCGGAGCGCGGCGGCCCCAGGUUUCCAAAGCGGGCGCCGAGGCGCGUCCGGAAAUCCCGUCGGAAGAGGCGCGGUUGCCAUGGCACCGGAGACGCUCCCCGAGCAUACUCACUUCCCGGGGGGAAGGAGGCCCGGGGCAGACACCUCCCUCCACGGCAAUCUGGCAGGAGCGCCCGUUCCGCUGCUCGUCGGUGCGUCCCCCCGGGGCCCCCCCAAGAGGUUAAUAAAGGUUUGCUCCGCGGCAGCCCCCCGCCCUCCCCGGCGCUUCCAUACGGCUUGUUCGCAGGCCCUGCCCAGGCCGCUGGUGAAUGCUCACUUGCGCUGA